AAUUAGACAAAGAAGAACGGGAGGCGGGUUAGUCUGCAGGGAAGAAGAGAAGAAGAAGGGCUUCUUUUAGAGAUUUUAGACUAAAAGACAAAAGAUGCAGACACCUGCAGAGUCGAUCCUCCACAGCGGAUAUUUCCACCCAACUCUCAGAUCCUGGCAAACCUGCGCUACCGAUCUGAAAGCCGACAAUCUCAUCUACCCAAUUUUCAUCACAGACAGUCCAGAUGCGGUGGAGCCCAUUGGGAGCCUGCCAGGACAGGCCAGAUACGGGGUGAACAAGCUGGAGGAAACGCUGCGGCCGCUUGUUGAGAAAGGCCUGAAAUGUGUUCUGAUCUUUGGAGUCCCGGCAAACAUAUCUAAGGAUGAAAAGGGCUCGGGCGCUGACACGGACGACACUCCGGCUGUUCUGGCGGUGAAAAAAAUCCGAUCUCUGUUCCCGGAGCUGCUGGUGGCCUGCGACGUGUGUUUGUGUCCCUACACGUCACACGGACACUGUGGAAUCCUGAAUGAAGACGGAAGCCUGAACAAUGACGCCAGCUGUCUGCGCUUGGCUGAAGUUGCGCUGGCGUACGCACGAGCUGGUUGUGACGUCAUCGCUCCGUCUGACAUGAUGGACGGGCGAGUGCGAGCCAUAAAACAAGCUCUGCUGUCCAACGGGCUGGGAAACAAGGUGUCAGUGUUGAGCUACAGUGCAAAGUUUGCCUCUUGUUACUACGGUCCGUUCAGGGACGCGGCGCAGUCCAAGCCGGCGUUUGGAGACCGACGCUGCUACCAGCUGCCUCCUGGAGCCAGAGGACUCGCCCUUCGAGCCGCGGAGCGAGAUGUGAGAGAAGGAGCGGACAUGCUGAUGGUGAAACCAGGUCUGCCGUACCUGGACAUCGCAAGGGAGGUCAAAGACAAGUUUCCCAACCACCCUCUGGCGGUCUACAACGUGUCGGGGGAGUUCGCCAUGAUGUGGCAUGGAGCGAAAGCUGGAGCGUUCGAGCUGAAGACCGCCGUGAUGGAAGCCAUGACCGCCUUCCGCAGGGCAGGUGCUGACAUCAUCAUUACCUACUACACACCUGAGCUGCUCACCUGGCUGAGAGAGUGAAGAAUGACGAACCUGCAGCUCUGAUUCAGUUCAUGUGGUCUCGGGCUCAUUUAUGAUGAAUGUUCAACGUGUAAAGAUGAUUUUCUGUAAGAUGAAUAUAAAACAAGUGUUUUUAUGGAAGGUGAUUUCAAUGUUGGAGCUGCCUGAGAGGAUUUGUAUUUUCUGCUGAAGAUGAUUUUAGGAAAAGUGGGAAUAAAGAUUCUAAAGAUG